AUGCGGGUGAUAGAUCUAAAAGUGGUGUUUCGAAUCUCCGAGGGCAACGAACUCGUUGACUUCAAGAACAUCACAUGGCUGAGCCCUGGUACGGUCGAUCAGUGCCUACAGAGCAACUGUGGAUCGGUCAACGAUGAGCUGGUUGACAAAACCAGUUAUGCGUACACACACGUACACGCACUCGCCAUCGUCGUCGAAUGGAGGCCAGGCGACACACCGUGCGACGACGACCGACCACGCCAUCGAGCAUUCGACACACGACGCGACAGUCGCCGCGACCGACCACGGCGACAGAACAGCCGCGCGUCGGCCGAACCGUACGCCACCGUUGGCAGUGGCCAGUCCAGCCGUCUGUCCGAGCCGAACCGAACCGAACGUCCGGCGAUCGGUCAUGUGAUAGGUAAUGGCACGCAGCAAGCUGUUGUGAUGGUCGAUCGGAUUUGUUCGUUCGAUUUCCAUUGUGCAACGUUUCGUCCAGUGCUGUUCUAUCCUGUCGUCAUGGCUGUCACCGGUGCUGGAUCUAGGACAGCAGCGGAGCCGGUGUUCUCCGCACCGUUGCGUCACAUGUACAGCUUACCGUCGGCAACGGUGGUGGUCGUUGACGUUCGUCGCGUCGCGUCGCGCUGCGCCGCGCCGCGCCGCGCUGUCGCGGUGGUUCGCUCAACGUCAUCGUCCGGCGGCGCGUGCCAUUUAGAAAAGCUUUUUUUUAUUUCCACAGCAUUCCGCAACGCUUGUUUUCCGAUCAUUUUUGGCCAUAUUUCAUCAACUGCAGAGAUGGGUAGGCAUACGUGCGGCAAUAAAAUCAUGAACGUCCAUUAA